GUGAGUCCCACAAACAUCAUACUAUGUGUGGGACCCAGAUCUACAAAAUAAUCUGAGCCAGUAUGGAAAGAGAAAACUCACUGAAUUUCAUUUUCAUUUUUAGUGCAACCCCCCAUUUCUCUUCUUCACCUCCAAACAAAACCUCUAAUUUUCCCCUUUCUCUCUCUUAAAAUGCUCUAUUUUUUGAGUUAGGGUUUUUAAUCAUUAAUACCCAUUUUCCCUCGAGAUGGAUUUUUUUUUCAGGAUUUUUAUUUUGCAAUCAGAAGUACGUGGAUGAUUUUAGCGUCAUUACCCAUUAUGUCGUUAGAAAACUGCGGCAGCACUUUUGCUUUAUAGUUCAGAUGCUUCUUUUGGAGUAGAAUGGUAUGAUACAAACUCUUGCCCUUUUUCUGUGCCAUAAUUUUCAUUCAGUAUGGCACACAUGAGUUUGUUUCCCGGUAAUUGUGAAAUUGUUGAAAUAGAAGAGGAGUUGAAUCCAGGAGAAAAUUAUAGGGGUAAGAACUAUUUGACGUCUGAAUUGAAAAGAGAGGAAAAGGACGCUAGAUCUCUUGCCUCAAAUUCUGGGAAUAUCAGUUCUCUAGAGGAUGAUCUCAAUCAACUCUUUGAGAUGUUCAAUCGCAGAGUUUCAUCUCAUGGAUCCCCUCAUCCAAGCCAAGCUGGGACAUCAAGGAAGAAUGCUUCAAAAAAGCCUGUCAAAUCAGGGGGUUCUUUUUCACCGGGACAUGGAGUUUCCGAUCGUGUCAAUCUAAAGCAGGCACUUAGGGGAUUGUGCCUUUCUCAGGCUUCUGAAAUGGCAGCCAUGAAACGCUCUUCAAAAUCAGGCACAUCAGAAGCUGGGAGGAUAUCGACUAGGUACCGUAAUGUAGUUGAAGACAGUGUAUCUGAUCAUUCCCAAGAUGAUGGCCGAGGGGGCAUGCUCGAGAUAUCACUUGUUCCUGAGGAAGCAACUUUUAACACUUUUCGAAAUAUCCGUGGAAAGUCACCAGCAUCAGAUUAUUGCUUUUCAAACCGAAGUUCUCUCACAGAAAGAGAAACUGGAUUCACCCUAAUGUCAAAAAACGAAAAAGGUUUUGAGUCAAAUUACUAUAGCAAUCAAGUAUUGAGGUCUGAUAAACCUGGAUCUGUAUCGUCUCCAUCAUCUCCUCAUGUUGAUGACAGCAUCCCUGACACGGGUCAUAGUAUUUUGACUCAGAAAGGAAUAAAUAUGCCAUCAACUGAAAUGAAGAAUCAAGCAGGAAACACCGAAUUAUUGCAGCAGCACAUGUUUCUAUUGCAGAAAGAGAAGCUUGCUUCUUCAAAGUCUUCACCACGUAUUAGCAAUGGGAAGGGCUCUGUGGAACUUGCUCGAAAUGAUCCAGCACAUAGGGAGGUAAUUGCAGUUGGUGCCCGGAGCCAAAUGUCAAAGGUUGGUAUGGAGCGCAGGGAGGAAAGUACACGUUCUUUGUGUCAUUUUGAUCUCCUUGACAAAGCCGAAGAGCAUAGCAAGAACAGCAUGACAGAGAUUCUUAAACUUUCUGCCUCAACUGAUCUUGCGAGUCAAACACCUUUGAUGGGGUCACUGCAGGAUGAGAAGCAUAUGCUUCUUCAAUCCUCUUCUGGUGAUGAAAAUAUCCCUUUGGAAUUUGAUAGGAAAGUGGCAGAGGAAAAGGAAAUGAUUUCUGUGUCAACUGAAGCUGGGAAUGAACAGUUGCAUCCAAUGCACGAGGAUGAGCAUGCAGAUAUGUGCUCUCCACGUCAUCCUGACCUUGGUGAUAAAGCUUUGGGUGCAAGCAGCAGUAAUCCAGCACCUAAUAAGGUGGUAAGCAAAGAAGCUACUGGAAAAUCAGCAAAACUGGGGGGCGGUAAGAAGAUCAGCUCAAAGACUGUAUCCUCAACUGGCUCCCCAAAAGGGAAAAAAGGAAACAAGUCUACUAGAAAUGCGCAGCAUCUGGUCAAACCUCUUAUCAAGACUAAGAAUUUGAUCAAGAGGAAGUCGAAGAAGAAGAUGAACUCAAAUAGUAGCUUGAAAAACGUGCGAAGUGAAUUCAAUAAUGACUUGUAUUCAGGCCCAAAUCCAAUUGUAUGUCCGAGAUGCCAGUGUGUAGUGACAGAAACCUGGAAAGAAUCCAAUCAAGAGUCUUCGGUAUCCCAGCAGGAGUCUCUGUUAUCCCAACAAGAGUCUCCACAAACCCAUCAAGAUUCUCAUGUGUCCCAUCAAGAGUCUCCUGUGCUCUUUCAGGACUCACCAGUAUCUCCCUUUGCAAGUCUCAGUGCUGAAAUUAGCUCUGGCAAUGUUAUAUCAGAUGUUAGCACACUUGGACCAAGUCCUGAUAGCACAAACCAAGAGACAGCUAUUGCUGAAUCUAGUGGCAACUCAAAGUUGAUAUACAAGGGGGAAUUCACUCAGAGUUCAAAAGACAGCCCUGGUGAAUGUAGCAGUAGCACAAGUAUUAGUGAAGAAAGCAUUUUGAGCAGGCCCAGCUUUUGUGAUCGGCCACACAUGUCUAAGGAUGUAAGGUGGGAAGCGGUUCGUCAUGUGAGGUUUCAGCAUGGAACUUUAGGCUUGAGACAUUUCAAUCUUUUAAAGAAGCUUGGCUGUGGAGAUAUUGGAACUGUUUAUCUUGCUGAGCUCAUUAGUACAAACUGUCUAUUUGCUAUAAAGGUCAUGGACAAUGAAUUUUUGGCUAGAAGGAAGAAAAUAGCGAGGGCACAGACAGAGAAGGAUAUACUGAGAAUGCUGGAUCAUCCUUUUCUUCCUACUUUAUAUUGCCAGUUUACGUCAGAUAAUUUGUCAUGUUUAGUUAUGGAGUAUUGUCCAGGGGGUGAUUUACAUGUUCUCCGGCAAAGACAGCCUGGCAGGUGUUUUACAGAACAAGCUGCAAGAUUUUACGUUGCUGAAGUACUCCUUGCAUUAGAGUACCUCCACAUGCUUGGAGUUAUCUAUCGAGACUUGAAGCCUGAAAACAUUCUAGUCCGAGAAGAUGGGCAUAUCAUGCUGUCAGAUUUUGACCUCUCACUCCGAUGUGCUGUUAGUCCGACUCUUCUGGUUUCAUCAUCAACGUCAGAGACCUCAAGAAAGGUCUCCCGUCCAUGUGUUGAUUCGCGUUGUGUACAGCCUCUCUGCAUUGAACCUUCCUUUCAAUUAACAUGCUUUACUCCUAGGCUAUUAGCCUCUUCCAAAUCCUCUAAAUUGAGGAAAAUGAAAUCUGAUGUCGCUGCUGAGAUGAGACCACUGCUGCAGUUAGUAGCAGAGCCCACCGCAGCACGGUCCAACUCUUUUGUUGGUACCCAUGAAUAUUUGGCCCCUGAAAUUAUUAAAGGAGAUGGUCAUGGGAGUGCUGUUGAUUGGUGGACUUAUGGUAUAUUCCUUUAUGAAUUGCUUUAUGGUAGAACACCAUUUAAGGGAGCUGGGAAUGAAGAAACCCUAGCUAAUGUUGUACUUCAGAGCUUGAAAUUCCCGGAUAGCCCACUUGUUAGCCUUCAAGCUAGGGAUCUAAUAUCUUCCCUAUUAGCAAAGGAGCCAGAUAAUCGCUUAGGAACUGAAAGAGGUGCUGCUGAAAUAAAGCAGCACCCAUUCUUCGAGGGGCUGAACUGGGCAUUGAUCCGAUGUGCUGUACCUCCUGAGCUUCCUGAGUAUCGGAGCUAUGGGAUGCCAAAAGUACCAUCACUAGAAAAAAAUAACAAAUAUGCGGAGUACAGUUCUGGCUCUGGUUCUGCAGAGCAUUUAGAGUUUGAGGUGUUUUAGCGGAUCCUUUCCACAUAAUGUUUGUAUCUAAGUAUAGCCCUUAUAAUGUAAAGUUUUGUUAUAUGGUACAGUUCAUUUUUACAGCAAGACAUUGAGAAGAGGUGGUUCUUGUGUCAUUUUAUGACUCUUAAAAGAACUGGCAAAUUGCUUGAAGGUUACAAUAAAAUUUUGUUCAGCUGGCGAGUA